AUGCAGCUGACUGGUACAGCUCACUUUGUUGCAGCACUGGCAACUGGAGAGGCGAGUAACACUCUCAGACCAAGCGAGGGAUGUCUUGCCCUGGUGGUCGGCAAUUGCCAACCUCAGGCAGGGGUCCCCUUGGACCCACUCGCCACGGCUAUGACUCUGAUAAUGGAUGCCUCCCUCACAGAGGAAAUUGGAAUUUGGGUGAAGCUGGAUAGAUGCGUACAGGACCAGGCAACAGUGGAUGUGAGUGACCAACAGGCUCAUGCUGUAUCCAGUACGAUCUUUAGUAAGAUCACUACAAGUGUGGAUAUCCCAUCAGUGAUGACACAUCUAGAUGCGAUUGGACCAUUCAUAGUAACACAUUUUGAUCCAAUGCUUCUAAGGUUGGUCAUUGAGUGUCCAGAGAGAGAUUCAGCUGACAAAUUGUGGAAUUCAUACCAGUGUGGUAAGUUGAACGAGUUAUUCCAGAAAGAUAUCGUGACUAAUGAUGUACUGAAAGAAUGUGGCAUAUCAGAAAUUAUCCUCAAGACUACGAUAGAGUCAUGGAAUUAUGAGAAAUGUGUGUUGUACUUCAAAUAUGAUGAAACAAAUGUAGCAACAAAGUCGUCCUACAAUGAUGAAUAUGAUGAUAAAAUUGUUGCAGUAAAACCUAAAGAUUUACAGGCAGAAACUGAAGUUAAGACCAUUGAUACACCACUACUACAUCAAGUUGUUAUGUAUGAUGAUAUUGAGUUGGUGGAAGAUUUACUCAGUUCUGGAAUAAAUAUAAAUGAUGUGUCAGUG